UUUGCUCUCAAAUUGCCAUUGCUUUCGUUCAAGAAACAAGCAAAUUUUUUUUUUGUUUUUUUGUUAACUAAGAGAGGUAAAUUGGCAAAAUAAAUCAACAAAAGAAAUUGAAGUAUUAAAUUCGCUUAAACAGUGUCGACACUAGGAGAGUGUUAACUUCUCCAACGCACGCAAGUGACCGGCAGCCGGUAACCACUCUCGAAACCUAACGAUUAUCUUCUUUCGCAUUCACCAUGUUUAGAUUCAACUUCAGUGUAGAAACGGAAGACCAGGCAGAACCCAUGGCAGAGGAGCCCACUGACGACCCUUCAGCGGAAAAGGGGCACUCGGCAGCCCUCAGAGACUGGUUGCCUGCUCAGUGCCACGAGAUCAACCAAGAGCACCUGAAUUUUCUCACAGAUGGUUGUGUUGUGGAGGAGGUCACAAUAGGAGAAACUGGGGUCAAGUACAUUAGCAUGAACUCGGCUUUAGAGAAGAUGCAACACGCGGAAGUGUCAGCCAAUAUUGUUCCUGCCUUUCAAGAUCACACUGACCUUGUUCCAGCUGUAUAUGAAGGAGGGCUGAAGAUUUGGGAAUGUACCUGGGAUCUCUUAGACCACUUGUCCUCAAUGAAGAUGAACAUGAGUGGCUGCAGGGUCUUAGAGCUGGGUUGUGGAGCAGCAUUGCCAGGACUGUAUGCUGCACUUCAAGGAGCACAUGUUAGCCUUCAAGACUAUAAUGAAGAGGUCAUUAGAUAUAUUACCAUACCUAAUGCUGUGUUAAAUUUGGUUGAUUCCUCAUCUAUAGUCAUUGAUGAAGAAGGAACAAUCGACUGCAAAUUCUCCGAGUCAUCUGUGAAGCAAGUGGCUGAACGCAUUUCAUUCUUCUCUGGAGACUGGAGUGGUCUUGAAGGAAAACUUUUAACGCAAAAUCCUUGUGAAAAUUCAGAAGACAAAGUGGUGAAAAAUGCAAACACUGGCACCUCUGGAAGUGACUGUGGCGAGCUAAAAUUUGAUGUGAUUUUAACUUCAGAAACAAUAUAUAAUACAGACUGCUAUGAGAAACUUCUACAUGUGAUGACCAGUUGCCUCAAGAGAAAUGGGAUUAUCAUUCUGGCAGCAAAGACCCAUUAUUUUGGAGUUGGAGGAGGAACACAGCAAUUCAUCAACUUUGUAGAGAAACAUGAUCAGCUGGAUGUUAAGUCAUUUGUUGCAAACAGUCAAGGUCUGAAACGAGAAAUCCUAGAAAUGAGAUUCAAAAAUAAAUGAGAAGAAUUUU